AUGGAUCGAAGGAAGCGGAAAUCCGCUCUAGCUAACUAUCUCAGCAGUCUCACCGACACUCCAGCCAAAUAUAAGAAAAUGUCGGAGUUUUAUCAGAGUUUACGCCAGUUCUACAAAAGGAAAUGGAAUGCACCGCUAAGAUUGCCUGCGGUACAAGGAGUUGAAGUAAAUCUGUACCGUCUUUACGACACGGUUAUGGCUUUUGGAGGUUGGCAGAAGGUCGCCAUACAAGAGAAAUGGGCUGAUGUCGCAGAAAUUCUCGGAGUAGGAGAUGAUGUUGUGGGUGGGGACCAUGCUAUCAAGCUUUUAUAUAUGAGGUACCUUUCUAAAUACGAGCAAAUAGAAACGAUUGGUGAUAUAGAUGAUAUGUUAGACGGAGAAAUGUCCCGCUCCAGGGGUAGGCAGGUCUCCUUCUUCGCUACCAAUGAGUGUCCUGUUGGCAUAGGGCGCAACCAUGAGUACAUCCGUCGUGAUGAGCGAGGCAACCCUUCAACAGAACCAGACUAUAGUCGAUUGACAAAGUCACUUCUUAGUGGAUUGCCCAAUGAGGUUGAUUUUGCAAUGAAUGUUUGCACGCUAUUAUCUCAUCCUGGGCCUCGAUUACUUAGGUUAAGUCACGUCCCAAACAUCAUUACUCUUCUUGUUGCUCACUGCGGUAUUUUUGAUGAUGACCAAGACAUCUCUGACCUUGCCGAAACAUGGAAUCUAAAUGGAGGACGUAGUUUCACUACGUUUUGGGCAUCUGCUGGGAUCCCAGAGGAUUUGUUGAAAAAGUUUGCUCCGCAAGCAGUUGGAAAGAUAGUGGUGCGUUGUGUAACAUGGGAUUUUUGCAAAUAUAUGCAGAUAAGUGAUUCCGACGGAGAUAUAUUUACUGGAUUAGUGAAAGAGUUCGACGUUAGAGAUGCAAUGUCCUGGAGAAUUAAUCAGGUGUCCAUUAUUGUGAGAAACUUAUCGUUUGAACCUAUAAAUAGAGUAACAAUGGCACGAUGUUGGCCUUUGCUCAGGUUUUUGUUCCUUUGUGCAAGUAGCAAGUGGGCCCCUCUAUAUACUUCUGCUAUGGACACUUUAAGCAACUUAGCGUGUGAUAUUGAUCUUACUUGGCAUAAAAUAGUACAUUGUUCCGAUCAUGCACUCUUACGGAUUGUGAGGGAAGGAAUUUUCAGCUGUGACAAAUUCAAGGUAAUUCGUUCAAUGGAAAUCCUUACUGCACUUAGCAGUUUUGAAGGAAAUGAAGCCACUAUAUGCGAUUUUUUGGAUAAGAGGAUGUUCGAGCACAUUUUUAACAUUGUUUGCAUCAAAGACAUAAUGAUGUGUGUGUAUACUCUUGAAUGCCUAUACCAGAUUUCCGAGAUGGGCGAUAUUGCUUGCCAACUAUUAUCUGAGUUGCCGCGAGCAGUUACACAACUAGUAUCAAUGGCUACUCUUGAAGCUGUUAGCUUUGGUCCAGCCGGGCUGGCUGGCAUGAAAGUAGUUGAAUAUCAACCAACGCACUUAGUUAGUUUAUUUGAACAAGUUUAUUCUCUAGAAUUUAUACGUUGCAUGCAUGGUAAGAAGAAAACCUUUUCAGUUAUAUAUCCGGGGGGUGCUCAAGUAGCUACUUCCUCUCAGCAGAUGCGGCAUACAACACCACAACAGCAUGUGCAAUUUGUGUCGUCUAAUGCGCAACAGGCACCGCAAUUACCUGUGAACCCCACUACUCCUCGGACACAUUUUGCUCCGGCAGCACAAGUUGCAGGGACUCCCACUUCAGCUUCUGGUUAUGGAAGUGAAAAUAAGGUUGGCUCUGACCAGCUCACUGAGCAGUGGAUUCGUCAAAACUGCAUUUUGGAUCGCACGGCUGUAACUCCACGUGGAGAAUUAUAUGCAGCGUAUGUCGACGAUCUCCGAAAUCAGUACCAUUCCCUUAGUGGGAGUCUUGCAAUGUUUAGUAACGUCAUGAAGAACAUAUUUCCCGAACUUACGUUCAAAAUGGCCGAAAACGGGUUGAUGAUGGUUGCACAAGGCAUACGAUUAGUGAAACCACAUAGUAUGUUGCUAUUUAAACCUCCUUCACAGUCGGCAACAAUCGCUGCUCAUCCUCUCAUGAAGCAGAUCUUGACGAAAAGUGUUCAGCCUUCACCUUCUGCUUCUUUGAACGGAGUUAAUGGUUUAUCUAAGUAUGUUGUAUACUUUAAGGCUCACCUCCUGUUGAAACGUAAAGAAUUUUUUGCAGUAGCAAUUCGUCAUCAAGAAGUGGAACAAAUAUUAGACUAUAUGUGCGAAUGGGAUGGAUGUGCUUUUGUGUUUCCUACAUCUUUUGCAGUGCUCUCGCAUGUUGCGAAAGACCACAUUGCAGAAGAUGGUGAACAACUGUGCCAGUGGCCAGGAUGCGAUGGUACACUGAGAAGCCGGUAUUAUAAGGCUUUUCUGUUACCACCACGCCAACGAGACGUUCCACACCAUCCAGGUUAUAGCAAACACGCAGCAAUAGAAGCUAUAAGACGACAUGCGUUUAAUUUUCUUCCUAGGGAUAUAACAGAUGAGCCAGAAGGACCUGUUACUAAGAGUAUUCGUCUUACCAGUUGUUUGAUUUUGAGGAACUUAGCAAGGUAUUCAUCUGCUGGUCGACAUUUACUACGCCGACAUGAGCGACAUUUAUGCUGGCUGGCCCUUUCUCGUUUGGAAAGCAGUCAUGCAUUGGCUCAAUUACUCUCAGAACUUCAUACUCAAGACUCGAUUGCUCCCUCACAGUCAGCACCUCAAGGCGGUUUCUGA